AUGUCUUACACACUCUAUGACAACUCAAUUGUCCCCGCCAAACAGGUCCUUACCGCCCUCGCCAGCAUCGUCCGCAAAGGCGAGGAGCACGCCAAUGGCAAGGAUCUCCUCACAUCCACCCUCCACGAAGACAUGAAGCCAUUCAGCUUCCAGAUCCUGACCGUCGUCUCGCUGGCCGAGAAGCUUGUCGCCAGAUUGAGCGGUGCCCCGGUCCCAGAGACCGCCACCGAGCUCUCAUCCUUCGCUGAGGCCAACACACUCCUUGAGAGGGCUCUCAAGGCUCUCGAUGGCGCCGACAAGGCCACCAUCGACGCCAACGCCAAGAACAUGACCGAGGUUGGUAUGGGGCCUGGAGUCAAUGUUCCCAUGCCGGUGGAUGCUUAUGCCAGUGCUUUUGCGCUGCCUAAUCUUUACUUCCAUGUUGUUACUGCUUACAGCAUUCUGCGGAAGGAAGGUGUGCCUCUUGGAAAGCGGGAUUAUUUGGCUCCUUUCAUGGGUCCUUACAUUCCUCAGCAGCAGUAG